CCAAUACACAGAUCGAAGCAAAAAGGGGAUACUGAUCUCUUCUCUCUCUCUCACACACACACAUGUCUUCUCGUUUUCAAUCACUUGUCUUGUGAAACCCUAGCUUUUUUGGUUCGUUAAAUGGAAUGCCGCAAUCAUGGAUUUUUGAUGGUUCAAACGUAGUUCUGCAGCCCUAAAAUUGGACGAAUUUCUUCCAGCUUAAUUCGGAUCGGGAACUUAAUACUUAUUUGUGGAAAACCGAGAAAUUCACAGAGGAAGAAUGUUUGGUGCGGGGAGUACUCCUGCAUUUGGGCAGUCAUCUAGUAGCCCUUUCGGUUCACCAUCAAUAUUUGGGCAGAAUAACAAUUCACCUAGCAAUCCAUUUGCUCCAAAACCUUUUGGUAAUACAACCCCAUUUGGUGCCCAGACAGGGGGAUCCAUUUUUGGCGGUACAUCAACUGGUGUGUUUGGUUUAACUCAAGCGGCUUCUCCUUUAACUACUACACCAGCAUUUGGUGCAUCGCCAUCCCAAGCUUUUGGGGCAUCGCCAUCCCAAGCUUUUGGUGCAUCGCCAUCCCAAGCUUUUGGAUCAAUGCCUGCAUUUGGAGCUUCUUCCACUCCUGCGUUUGGAGCUUCAUCAUCGGCAUCAUUUGGCAGUUCUUCUGUCUUUGGGCAGACUCCUGCUUUCAGUGGAUUUGGCUCAAGUAACAACACACAAGCAAAUCCUUUUGGAGGCGCAUUCCAACAGUCACAACCAGCAUUUGGGAGCAGUCUUUUCGGAUCAACUACACCUUUUGGAGCGCCAAGUCGACCUGCCUUUGGCACUUCCAGCAGUCCUGCUUUUGGUGCCACAAGCACCCCUGCCUUUGGUUCCACAUCAACCCCAGCUUUUGGUAGCACAGCAACUGGAUUUGGCGCCUCAACUACCCCUGUCUUUGGAUCUGGAGGAGCAUUCGGCCAAACAAACACCCCAGCCUUUGGGGCAUCGAGUACUCCAUCAUUUGCUGCUGCAUCUACUCCAGCUUUUGGUGCCUCCAGCACCCCUGCUUUUGGUGUUUCAAGUGCUCCAUCCUUUAGCUUUGGGUCCAGUCCAGCAUUUAGCCAAUCAACUGCAUUUGGAGGCAGCAGCUCAUUUGGCACUUCAACAACACCUUUUGGAGCUCAAAGUUCUCCAUUUGGUGCUCAAGCUACAACUCCAACAUUUGGAAGCACACCUUUUGGGCAACCUGGCUUUGGGGGUCAAACUCAACGGGGAGGAACCAGAGUAGCUCCUUAUGCAGCUACAACUGAGACAGACUCUGGUACAACACCUCCUGGGAAGCUGGAGUCUAUUUCUGCCAUGCCAGUUUACAAAGACAAAAGCCAUGACGAAUUGAGAUGGGAGGAUUAUCAGUUGGGUGAUAAAGGUGGACCUUCGCCAGCUAGCCAGUCAGCAUCAAGUUCUGUUCCUUUUGGUGGUACCGCUCAACAGACGAACCCUUUUGCUUCUGCAUCUCCGUUUGGUCAAGCAUCCGCGAGCCCUUUUACAUCAACCACAGCUUCCAAUCCAUUUGCUCCUAAGACACCUGGUUUUGGUUCUGCAUUUGGAUCUUCAUCCACUCCGUCGUUUGGUUCUUCGCCCUUUGCUUCGUCGUCAAAUGCAAACCCUUUUGGAACAACCUCAGCACCAGCACCAACUCCUUCCAUAUUCGGUGGUUCAGUUUCAGCAUUUGGAGCCAGCACUUCACCCUCUCUUUUUGGAUCGACUAGCUCUCUUGGUUUUGGAUCAUCGCCAUCAGCAUCUAUCUUUGGCUCAGGACCUAGUUCUUCAUCAUCUGCAGCUUUUGGUACAGGUUUUAGUUUUGCCAACACACAGUCAUCACCACUUUUCCAGUCAUCGGCUCCUUCUCUUGGUCAGACGUCCGUGUUUGGACAAUCAGGCCCUUCUUUUGGACAAAGUUCUGCACCAGCCUUUGGUCAGACAAGUUUAUUUAGUGCUCCAUCCACUGGUUUUGGUGGGAAUUUGUUCUCCAACACUCCUUCGCUAUCCAACAAUCUCUUCAGUCAAUCAACUCCCUCACUUUCAACUCCUGUUCAACCUGCACAGUCUUCAUUUGGGUUUGGCACUUUUGGACAGUCACAACCAGCAACCGGUGCAACUUUAUUUGGUGGUGCGGCAAAUACUUUUUCACAAAAUAUGUUUGGACAGCCCUUGGCUACUCAGACACCUGCAGCUGUGCAAUCAGCUCCUGUAGCAAAUCCUUUUGGGACUCUUCCAGCGAUGCCUCAAAUGUCCAUAGGACGUAAUGGGAAUGCACCUUCUGUUCAAUAUGGAAUUUCCUCUUUGCCAGCUGUUGAGAAGCAAAUUCCAGCGAGAAUAUCAUCUCUAUUGACUUCACGCCACCUAUCUCAGAGGCGUAUUAGACUUCCAGCAAGAAAAUAUCAUCCUAAAAAUGGUAUUCCAAAGGUACCCUUUUUCAGUGAUGAUGAAGAAACACCCAGCACUCCUAAAGCUGAUGCCCUUUUUAUUCCUAGAGAGAAUCCUCGGGCACUUGUUAUUCGUCCAGUGGACCAGUGGCUGUCAAGGUCAACCAUGGAUAAUUCAUCCCCAAUGAAGGAAGCAUCUGCUCUGGUUCAGGAGAAUGGUAGGAAUGCCGAGAGAGCAUCUACUUUGAAUGGAUCAGCAACAGAAUACAAAGAUAAAGAACAUUCCACUGCAAACGGGAAAUCAUCUCCAAAACCAAAUGGGACCCACGAAGAUAACAAUCCAAACCAAAAAGAAGACUCGUCAUCAUACAUCCCUCUCACAAGUCACAGAGCCGGGGAAGCAGCAAUCGUAUAUGAACACGGAGCAGGCAUCGAAGCAACAAUGCCAAAGCUUCGCAAUCCUGAUUACUACACAGAACCUCGAAUUCAAGAACUCGCAGCCAAGGAAAGAGCCGAGCCUGGUUUUUGUCGAAACGUGAAAAACUUUGUUGUUGGUCGCCACGGUUAUGGCAGCAUCAAGUUCGUGGGCGAGACAGAUGUUAGGCGGUUGGAUCUCGAAACCCUAAUUCAGUUUAAUAAUCGGGAGGUGAUUGUUUAUUUGGAUGAGAGUAAGAAACCUCCGGUUGGGCAGGGGUUGAAUAAAGCGGCGGAGGUCACGCUUUUGAAUAUAAAAUGUUUUGAUAAGAAAACGGGACAACAGAUUGUGGAUGGAACUAGGGUUGAGAGGUAUAAGGAGAUGUUGAAGAAGAAGGCGGAUGAUCAAGGGGCAGAGUUUGUUUCAUAUGAUGCAGUUAAAGGGGAGUGGAAAUUUAGGGUUAAUCAUUUUAGUAGGUAUGGUUUAUAAUUUUGUUUUGUCCUUUUUUAAAGAUUAUUUUGUUGUGUUCAUAUUGAAUAUAUGAAAAUUUGGAAUAAGACUGAUCGGUGUUUCGGUGUGUUGUGAGAAUUAUGUUUUUUAUGGGACUGGGUGGGUUAUUGCUUUACAUUGUUUGUUGUAUAAUAAGAUGGAUCAAGCAUACUGAAUUUGUAAGCAUAUGGUUUUGUUUUAUUGCAGAUUUUUGUUUUUGGGUCUGA